CCACAUCCCAACUGCAAUCUGCAAAUCCACCACCAAAACCCCAUUAAAAGUUUAUUCAAACAUUGGCAGCCAACCAUCUCCUGUUGGCCACGUACCUCUUCUUCCUCAUUAAUUUUCUUGCAACACCCACAGCUGUCCGCUAUGAUUCUCAACAAGAAUAUGUUGAAAUUCUGUUACUUUGGGCCAUUGUAUUUGUCCCACCCUCAAACCCUAUAAAGAAGGCAAGUUGUGAUGAAGAAUUUCCUAUAUUCUUGCAAGGCUAUAAAAGUGUUGAGGUUGGUGCGAACAAGAAUCAGAGGAAAGGGAGAGCUGAGCGGAGCUCCCAUUAAAGAAGCUAUCAUCAUUCUGCUUCACAAUCCAUUAAUAAUUGCAUGUCUUUCGAAUUUCACUACCUAUGAUGGAACAGGAGAAAGACAACAAAAUCUGCAAACAUAGAAGGGGAGAAGCUGGUUUAUUUGCUUGGCCAUGGGAGAACUUGCAUAGUUUCAAGUAUUUGUUGUAUGGGCCGUUGGUUGCAAGAGUGCUUUAUGCAGUUUACAUUGAUGGAGAAGUCAAGAAUGAUGAUUGGUGCUUGCAUAUUCUCAUGUUGUCUGGGCUGAGAGCUCUUGUUCAUCAGCUCUGGAGCAGCUUUUCUUGUAUGCUGUUCGUUAACCGUACCCGUCGGAUUAAUCAACAAGGUGUUGAAUUUGAUCAGAUUGACGCUGAAUGGCAUUGGGAUAAUUUUCUGAUACUUCAAACUUUUGCUGCUUCGUUCUUGUACUUGAGUUUCCCCGCCUUAGCCAAUCUUCCCAUCUGGGAUAUAAGGGGUGUUAUCUGCUGCCUCAUGCUCCACAUGGGAAUCUCAGAGCCGCUCUACUACUGGUUACAUAGAUUAUUACAUUCCUCUAGUUUGUUUGAACAAUAUCACUGGCUCCAUCAUAGCUCUAAGGUUCUGCAUCCUUACACAGCUGAGCAUGCGACGUUCUUGGAACACAUAUUACUUUGUGCAGUUGUUGGAAUUCCAACCUUGGGGACGGUCUUUAUUGGCUACGGAUCGAUAAUCUUGAUGUACGGUUACUUCUUGGUGUUUGAUUUUCUUCAGUGUUUGGGGCACUGUAACGUUGAAGUUUUUCCUGAUCGCCUGUUUGAGACCAUUCCUCUCCUGAAAUAUCUUAUUCGUCCGCCAACAUAUCACAGUCUUCACCAUUCAGACAUGGGGACGAAUUUUUGCCUCUUCAUGCCUUUGUAUGAUAAGUUGUGGAAGACGAUGAACACCAAUUCAUGGGAUCUUCAAAGGGAAAUUAGCUCAAGAACAAAUAGCAGAGCACCGGAUUUUGUAUUUCUUGCACAUGCUGUGGACGUUAUGUCAUCAAUGCAUUCUCCAUUCGUUUACCGAUCCUUUAGCUCAAUACCUUUCAGUGCAAAGCCCUUCUUGUUUCCUGGUUGGCCUAUUGCCUAUAUGGUGAUGCUUGUUAUGUGGGCAAAGUCUAAGACCUUCUUGAUGAGCUUUUACUAUCUCAGAGGGAGAUUGUUCCAGACUUGGGCCGUCCCAAGAUUUGGUUUCCAGUACUUUUUACCUUUUGCUACAAAAGGCAUAAACAAACAAAUUGAAGAUGCUAUCCUUAAAGCAGACAAAAUUGGAGUUAAGGUUAUUAGCCUUGCUGCACUAAAUAAGAAUGAAGGUCUGAAUGGAGGUGGAACUCUCUUUAUUAACAAGCAUCCCAACCUUAAAGUUAGAGUCGUUCAUGGAAACACAUUAACAGCUGCUGUGAUCCUAAACGAGAUUCCUCAAGAUGUCGGGGAAGUUUUCUUAACCGGGGCGACUUCUAAGCUCGGCAGGGCAAUUGCUCUCUACCUUGCUCGACAGAAAGUCAAAGUUCUUAUGCUAACUCUCUCUACCGAGAGAUUCGCCAAGAUUCAGAAAGAAGCACCGGCCGACUGCCAAAAGUACUUAGUUCAAGUUACUAAGUAUCAAGCAGCUCAGCACUGUAAGACAUGGAUUAUAGGGAAGUGGCUGAUGCCGAGAGAACAGUAUUGGGCGCCAUCAGGCACACAUUUUCACCAGUUUGUGGUUCCACCCAUCAUCCCAUUUAGAAGGGACUGCACUUAUGGGAAGCUGGCAGCAAUGAGACUCCCAGAUGAUGUUGAGGGGCUUGGAACAUGUGAGUACACAAUGGAAAGAGGAGUGGUUCAUGCUUGCCAUGCAGGAGGGUUAGUUCAUUUUCUUGAAGGAUGGAAGCACCAUGAGGUUGGAGCUAUCAAUGUUGAUCAGAUUGAUGUUGUGUGGGAAGCUGCGCUCAGACAUGGCCUCAAACCCUUGUAGAUUUCAGUUUCAAACUCUUCCAUACUUAAAGAUUUUCAAUUGUAUUUUAUAAUUCACAAGUUAAUAAUUAUAUACCACACUUAAUUUUCGUUUUUA